AUGAAAGACCCCGAAAUUAUGGGCGAUGGAGUUAACAGGCGAUUGGAUUUGAUAAAAGAUCAUUUGAGUCCCAAAGAUGCACCUUCUUCCAUAGACGAAGCUUAUGAAAAAUCAGAAUGGAAGGAUACUCUGGACACUGUGAAAGGAAGAAGAAACAAGAACAGACAGCCAGAUAACAAUAAUCAUGGUUAUGUGCGCCAGAAAACUCAAGGGAAGUUGUGGGUCCGGGAGCGCAUCAUUGCUUUGGUCGACAAGCAGACUUUCCGAGAGAUUGGCAGUACUGCUGGAAACGCAAAGUACGACGAAAAAGGAAAAGCUUUGGAUUACACUCCAGCCAACUUUAUAUCUGGAACAGCAAAAGUGAAUCAAAGAGACGUUGUCAUUGCCGCUGAUGACUUUUCUAUCCGUGCCGGACACGCUGAUGGUGCCGUUUGGGGAAAAUCACUUUAUACAGAGCAGUUGGCAAGAAAACUUAAAAUUCCAUUGAUCCGCCUGAUAGACGGUAGUAGCGGUGGUGGUUCUGUCACUUUGGCACUGAAAAAUGGUACAUAUCUUCCUCCUCUCAUAGGUAUGCACGAUUCAAUAGCAAGUUUGAGCGAGAUACCUGUUGUUGCUGCCGCAUUAGGCCCCACCGUGGGAUUGGGAGCUGCACGUGCUACUUUGACUCACUUCUCCGUCAUGGCUAGUAAAGUCGGAUCUCUUUUCGCAGCUGGGCCACCUGUCGUUGCCAAUGCGACAUAUGAGACGGUUACCAAGCAGGAAUUGGGCGGUGCACUGCUGCAUACUUCAAAUGGUACUAUAGACAACUUGGUAGAAACGGAGGAAGAGUGUUUUGAGCAAAUCCGACAAUUUCUAUCCUAUUUGCCAAAUAACACAACCAAGCUACCACCUCGAGGAACACAGAAUGAUAUCGUUGAUCGGUGCGACGAUAGACUUCUCGAUAUUAUACCCAAACGGAGACAGCGUAGCUAUCAAGUCAGAGAAAUAUUAGAACUUGUGUUGGAUCAGGGUUCUUGGUUCGAAAUAGGCGAAAGAUGGGGUGAAGGAGCUGUUUGUGGUUUCGGGCGUCUGAACGGUUACGCAGUCGGUAUCUUAGCCUUUGAUUGCAGCAAGACAGGUUCAGUCAUAUCUACUGCAGGGUCACAAAAGUUUCGACGCCAUAUUGAUCUCUGCGAGGUAUUUGGGCUGCCUAUCGUGAACUUUGCUGACUACGCGGGAUUCACUAUUGGUACCAAAGCCGAAAAGGAAGCUACAAUCCGAUAUGGAUCCACUCUCAUUGCCGCGCUCUACCAGGGUGAUGUUCCUUACUUCAGCGUUGUCCUACGAAAAGUCUUUGGUGUAGCUGGAGCAGCUUUUGUAGAUAACAGAAUACCAAACAUGAGAGUCGCUUGGCCCAGUGGAGAUUGGGGAAGUUUACCUUUGGAGGGCGGUAUUUACGCUGCUUAUAAACGUGAACUUGAUGCAGCUGGAGAGAAUCGCAAUAAGCUCUAUGAAAGUAUUCUUGCUCAAUUCGAAGCUGUUCGCUCGCCUGUUCGAACCGCUGAAAACUUCGAUAUCCCUGAAAUCAUUGAUCCUAGGCAUACCAGACCGAUUUUAUGCGACUGGGUUCGCCUUAUGUACGAAAAUAUUCUUCCAGGAAGAUUGGAGAAAGUCAAAGUGAACGGACCAAAGAUAUUAUACCGUCCAUAAGCAAUGGCAGCAAACAAAUUAUUUUGUCGAAUAUUCUGCUAUUCGUGAUUAGGUCUAAAUGAGUUGAAUAAAAAUUGAACCAAUUUGUUACAAAAAAAAGAAGAAGAAAGGUAUAUUCUGUCUGCUUUUCAGAUAUCAUCCUUAGCCCAGCUAGGAUAAUCUGUCUCAUAGGA